CGCAAGGGUGGUAAAGGGGCGGAGUCAAACUGAAACUACAACAAGCAAAGGGAGCCCCUGCAAAAUUCAGCAGGACAGCGGAAUAAAACUGUGAAAAUAGUGAGCUGCAUUCAUCAAGGAGCAAGUCCACAAUACGUAUUUUCUGCUAAAAGAGGGAGCUGACACCAGGAUGAACGGUGACUCAGGUGCCGGGGUGGUGACGGCCCCGCCUCCCACCACUGCGCCCCACAAGGAGCGCUACUUUGACCGCGUGGACGAGACGAGCGCCGAGUACCAGCGGGAGAGGAACAUGGCGCCCGACCUUCGGCAGGACUUCAACAUGAUGGAGCAGAGGAAGAGGGUGUCCAUGAUCCUGCAGAGUCCGGCUUUCUGUGACGAGCUAGAGACCAUGAUCCAGGAUCAGUUCCAGAAGGGGAAGACCCCCACCAGUCUACUGGCCCUGCAGCAGAUCGCUGACUUCAUGACCACCUCCAUGCCCACCAUGUACCCUGCCGCCCCCCAGGGGGGCAUGGCUGCCCUCAACAUGAGUCUGGGGAUGGUGACCCCCGUGAACGACCUGCGGGGCUCGGACUCCAUCUCCUAUGACAAGGGAGAGAAGCUGCAGCGCUGCAGACUGGCUGCCUUCUACCGCCUCACGGACCUGUUUGGCUGGUCCCAGCUGAUCUACAACCAUCUCACGGUGAGGGUGAACUCUGAGGAGGAGAGAUUCCUGAUCGUCCCCUUUGGUCUCCUGUACAGUGAGGUGUCAGCCUCCAGCCUGGUCAAGAUCAACAUGCAGGGGGAGAUAGUGGACCGGGGAAGCACCAACCUGGGGGUGAACCAGGCUGGCUUCACUCUCCACUCUGCCAUCUACGCCGCCCGGCCCGAUGUCAAGUGCAUCGUCCACAUCCACACGCCAGCCGGCGCCGCGGUGUCUGCUAUGAAGUGUGGCCUGCUGCCUAUCUCUCCGGAGGCCCUGUUCCUGGGAGAGGUCUCUUACCACGACUACCACGGCAUCCUGGUGGACCAGGAGGAGAGCCUGCUCAUCCAAAAAAACCUGGGGCCCAAGAGCAAGGUGUUGAUCCUGAGGAACCAUGGCCUGGUGUCUGUGGGGGAGACGGUGGAGGAAGCCUUCUACUACAUCCACAACCUGGUGACGGCCUGUGAGAUUCAGGUGCGCACCCUGGCCAGCGCGGGGGGGCCAGACAACCUGGUGAUGCUGGACCCAGGGAAGUACAAGUCUCGGCCCCGUGUCCCGGAGCCCCCCCCUGAGGGGUCCAGCCCCCAGCCCAAGUGGCAAGUGGGGGAGCAGGAGUUUGAGGCCUACAUGAGGAUGCUGGACAACCUGGGCUACAGGACCGGCUACCCCUACCGCUGCCCAGCGCUCCGGGACAAACACAAAAAGUCCAGCGAGGCGGAGCUCGCGUCCUCGGCCGUGGGCUCCUACUCGUACGGCGAGGACAGCGACUCGGGCGCCCGCUCCCCGCUCAAGCACAGCUUUCAGAAGCAGCCGCGCGACAAGACGCGCUGGCUGGGCUCGGCCGGGCGCCCUGACGGCGAGGAGGAGGGCUCGGAGGCGGGCAGCCCCAAGGCCAAGGCUAAGUGGACAAAGGAGGAGGGGGUUCGCCAGGCGGCAGUAGCCAAUCAGUUCAUCCCCAUGAACACCAACGCCAAAGAGGUGCUGGAGAUGAGGAACAAGAUCCGCGACCAGAACCUGCAGGACAUCAAGACUGCAGGGCCCCAGUCCCAGCUGCUCUGCGGCUCUGUCAUGGAGCGCUCCUUUGUCCAGGUGAGUCGAAACAAGUGGCCCCAGCCAGCCACACUGGGAUCCGACAAGCACACAUUGAAAUACCUAAGGUGCACUUUGUUUAGUUCACCUGGCAUGCCGAGGUUGCACUCCUGGGGCGACCAUGUUCCCAGUUUUGGUGUCUAUGGGUAUUGUAAAUCUUGUGUGUGACUCAGGUGUACUGCAUAUGUCUGUGCUGCAGUAUUAGGAUAAAGGUCAUAUGAAAUACUGUGCUA